AAUACCUGAAUAUGCCGCCAUAUUAGACGCUUUUGUUGUUCGAUACGUUUUUCAGAAGCUUGAACUUGAAGCAUUCCGUUGGAUGAUUUUCCCAGAAAAUUACCACCUUUCUCGGAAAAAAUACAUGAGCAUCCUCAAGGGAAUUAUCGACUCUCUUGGCUCAAUAUUUAGCUCCCCCUACGAGUCUCAUCCAAACCCUAGCUCUCCCAAUUCUUCUUCCACCAUGGAAGGUGUAGCUGGACCUUCGGUCUCGAACGAGCGCGUAGCCUACAAGCUCAAAGGGUUCUUCGACUUGGCAAAGGAAGAGAUCGCCAAGGCCGUGAGGGCCGAAGAGUGGGGCUUAGUCGACGACUCCAUUGUUCACUACAAGAAUGCCCAGCGGGUACUCAUUGAAGCUAGUUCCACUAGCGCGCCUUCCUUUAUUAGCUCGAGUGAACAAGAGAAGGUAAAAUCUUAUCGUCAAAAAAUAUCAAAAUGGCAGGGUCAAGUUUCUGAAAGAUUACAAGCUUUAAGUAGGCGUGCAGGUGGCACAUCCACAAGCAAGAGCACCUUAGCUCCUGCUCAAACAGCUGCAGUUACAUCAACAACAUUGAAUUCUAGAAAAGAUGUUAUACGAAAGUCUUCUCGCUCUAGUACAAACAACCCAAUGAUGAGGAAUCAGACAGAUAAAGUUGUAAGCCCAAAAACUACGCAAGAAUCAAACUCUGGUUAUGAAGCAAAAUUGGUUGAAAUGAUAAAUACUACAAUAGUGGAUAGAAGUCCUUCUGUUAAAUGGGAUGAUGUCGCUGGUCUUGAGAAGGCGAAGCAAACUUUAAUGGAGAUGGUCAUCUUGCCAACAAAAAGAAGAGACUUAUUUACUGGUCUUCGGAGGCCAGCCAGAGGAUUGCUUGUAUUUGGUCCCCCCGGGAAUGGGAAGACCAUGCUUGCCAAAGCAGUCGCAUCAGAGUCCGAGGCAACAUUUUUUAAUGUUUCUGCAUCUUCCUUGACGUCAAAAUGGGUGGGCGAGGCUGAAAAGCUUGUACGGACUCUCUUCAUGGUUGCUAAAUCCAGACAGCCAUCUGUAAUUUUCAUUGAUGAAAUUGAUAGCGUCAUGUCAACAAGGCUGGCUAAUGAGAAUGAUGCAAGCCGAAGGCUAAAGUCAGAGUUUCUAAUACAGUUUGAUGGGGUGAACUCUAAUCCUAAUGAUGUAAUAAUUGUAAUUGGUGCUACUAACAAGCCACAAGAACUGGAUGAUGCAGUCCUUAGGAGAUUGGUGAAGAGAAUAUACAUUCCUUUACCAGAUGAAAAUGUUAGGAGACUACUUCUUAAGAACAAACUCAAGGGACAGGCAUUUUCGUUACCCAGUGGAGAUCUAGAAAGACUUGCAAGAGAGACAGAGGGGUAUUCUGGAAGCGAUCUACAAGCCUUGUGUGAAGAAGCUGCAAUGAUGCCAAUCAGAGAACUAGGUGCAAACAUUCUUACAGUUGAGGCAAAUCAGGUACGGCCACUAAGAUAUGAAGAUUUUCGGAAGGCGAUGGCAGUAAUUAGACCGAGCUUAAACAAAAGCAAGUGGGAAGAGCUUGAACAGUGGAACCAAGAGUACGGCUCUAAUUGAAUUCCUAUCACAACAUACAAAGAUUUUAACGAUUCAAAGUCGCUUGAUGUAUUCUUCUGCAGAUAAGUUAUUUGUUGUAAAGGUGCAGUUUUCUUAAAUUGGAACCCUCUGUAAAUGCGUAUGCUGUGUAAUGACACUGAUUUCAAAGGAAAAUAAAUGUUUCUAUCAUUUAAACUUUGUUUAA